AUGACUAAUACAAAAAAUAAAAGGGAAAUCAUUAAUGUUGGUGAAGAAUUAGUAAAUUAUCUUGAUGCUAACACUUCAGUAAUAGAAGAUCUUGUAAAACAAAUGAUUCACCAAAAUAAUGAGACAAAAAAUUGUUUAUUAAAGAUAGAAAAUAUAUUAAAAAAUUAUUCGGAAGAAAAAAAAUCAUUUGAAAAAAUUGAAAAUGAAAUAAAAAAAUUAAAUAAUAACUUAAGUGUUUUAUUAUCAAAUAAAGAUUCUUCAAUUCAUGAAGAAGAGAAAUGUAAUUUUAUAACAAAAUUAGAUAGUUUAAUUAAAAAUUUUGAAAAUAAUAUUUCUUUAAAUAAUAAGUUACCUUCAUUAUCAGAAGAUAUUACAAAUUUGAUUUUAAACCAAAUUUUACAACUUCAGCAGCAACAACAACAAAUGAUUAAUUUUCAACAACAUAAUUUAACAACAAACAUUAGAGAAAUAAUAGAUUCUAGUAUCCUAAAACUUUUACUUCAAUUUAAUUAUGAUGGUCAAUGUAAUUGUCUAUUGAAAAAUAAAAUAUUUCUUUCUUUAUCAGAUAAUUUACAAUUAAAAAAUGGAAAAAUUUUAUCAAAAACUGUAGAAAAUGAAAAUAAUGGUUAUUCAUUUAGUGAUAUAUUAUUUUAUGAAAUAUUAUGUUUUAUCUUAGGAAUAGUGAUAUAUUUAAUUGCAAUCGAUUUUUUAAAUGGAAGUUAA